GCCGUCCGCCGUAGCACACCGGGUGCGUCUCUUAUCCGUGUGUGUGUGUGUGUGUCCGUACGUUGUUUUUUUUUUUUUUCCCACGUCUCCCGAUCCGCCGACGAACAUAUCACAUUUCGUACGAUACUUUAAAUAAUAAUAUAUCUAGUCGUCGUGUGUAUAUUUUUUUUUUUUUCGGUUCGAAAAAAAUUCCCCGUCGCCGGCGGUAUACGAAGAGAGCGGCGAUUUUUUUUUUUAUUUAUAAAAAAUCGUCGGCGUCACGAAACGCGCGCGCCAACGUGUAAUAUAUUAAUAUAUAUAUAUACAUAUACAUAAUACGUUUAUUGUAUAAAAUGUCGCACUAUCGUGGGCCGCGCCUUUGCCUCACCGUGGACAAUCGACGGACGGCCGUUAUCGCCUAGGACACUGCGCACGCGAGCCGUCGACGUCCACUCGCCAAAAAAAAAAAAAAAAACCACACACAUUCAUACAUACAUAUUGUUAUAUAUACAUAUAUAUAUAUAUAUACACAGCCGACGACCGGCACGCGGUUUUCAAUUUUUGUUUAUUGGUAUUAAUUUUUUUUUUGUCAUUUGGGUUUUAUCUCGAUCCGCGUUUGUUAUCGUUUGUGUGGUACGUAAUACACAAAUUAUUAUUACCUAUUGCCGCUAAUUAUAUUAGUCCGCCGACGGAUUCGACAACAAUAAUAAUAAUUGUAAUUUUACAUACACACAUACCGUCUUGAAUUGUUGAAAAUUACAUUGAGAAAAUAAUAAUAAUAAUAACCAACACUCGAGACGCGACGCCGUUCGAAAUACUCGAAUACCGGAAACGUCCACAAAUGGCUGCCCAUCAGCCCGCCACUACGCAAAGGUACGACGAGCAGCCGACCGGCUAUCCCGGAAUGGACGGCAGCAACGGCAUCGGCGGCCUGCCGCCGCCCGGCCUGUACGCGCACAGCCAGGCGUCCCUGCACGGCAUGCACCCCGGCAUGUUCGGCGGCCACGCGUCCGUGCCCCAGGCCAACCACGGUCCGGCCACGCCGACGCCGGGCCUGCCGCAAAACCACCAGGCCCCGGCCUCGGCCAUCCCGCCGUCGUCGGUGGGCGACGCGGCCAGCAAACGGGACAAGGACUCGAUAUACGGGCACCCGUUGUUUCCCCUGUUGGCUUUGGUGUUCGAAAAGUGUGAACUCGCUACAUGCACGCCCAGACAAACGGACGGGUCAAUGGGACCCGGAGGCGAUCACAGCAUAUGCUCUUCGGAGUCGUUCAACGAAGACAUAGCCGUGUUUUCCAAACAGAUAAGACAAGAGCGGGGUCAGUACUGUGCGGAUCCCGAAACCGAUUCUUUGAUGGUCCAGGCGAUACAAGUGCUACGAUUUCAUUUGCUCGAAUUGGAAAAGGUUCACGAGCUGUGCGAUAACUUUUGCGCACGCUACAUAUCGUGUUUGAAAGGCAAGAUGCCGGUGGACUUGGUCAUCGACGAACGCGCCGACGGCGGUUCCCUGUCCGGGGGCAAAGAACUGGGACUCGGCGGUCUGAACGGCAACGACGGCGGCAACAGAGACCGGCACAGUGCUCACACGCCUUCGACGACCGGCGGCGACCAAGACGGUUCGCAAAGCAUCUCUCCAGACGCCAUGAGGCCACCUAGCUCGUCGACGGCGUAUUCCCAUCAUCCCGGCCAAGACGACAGCCGACACCGUACUCAGAGUCCGGGGACACCGUUGCAAGGAAGCAUGGGGGAUCCUCACGGCGAAGAACUGGGUAAGCACAAUAACGCAUCGGUCGAUAUCUCGUUUGUACCUAUCCCGACCAGCAAAUGGGGUCGACGUGCAGGAGGACCUGGACCCGGUGACUGGUCAGGGAUGGGCGGCGGAUCUGCAGGAGAAGCGGCCAAAAGAGCGCAAUUGGCAGCCGCGGCUGCUGCCGGCGGUCUGUUCUACCAGUCAGUAUUCCUCGGAGGCGGAGGGUCUGCGGGAAGUCCCGGACCAGACUAUAAUUCCUGCGAUGCCAGUCAAACGGGCGACUCCAUCGGUAGCGGCGACGGCGACGACAUGGACGACGGCGACGGAAGCGGGAAGAAGUCCGGGUCGUCUCAAAAAAAGCGUGGGAUUUUCCCGAAAGUGGCCACCAACAUUUUGCGCGCGUGGCUGUUCCAACACCUGACCCACCCGUACCCGUCUGAAGAUCAGAAAAAGCAAUUGGCCCAAGACACCGGGUUGACGAUACUGCAGGUCAACAACUGGUUCAUAAACGCUCGUCGGCGCAUCGUUCAGCCGAUGAUCGACCAGUCAAACCGAGCCGUGUUCUCUCCGCACGCCGGCGGUCCUAGCCCGGCCGGAUACGGCGGUCCGGAUCCUUCGGCCUAUGCCGCCGAAAUGUUGCCCAGACCGGAUGCCGCUUACGCAGCGGCCGACGCUUACUACGGCCAUCAUCCGCACCCACAAUACUACGGUCACCUAUGAGACCCGGGCCGGCUGAACUCGGCGCAAGUUUGGACCGUGCAAGACUAAAAAAAAAAAAAAUUAAAAUAAUAAUAAUUUUAAUACAUAAGAUGAUUAAAUUAAAUUUGACAAAAAAAAAAAAAAAACUUAAACUAAAUACAAAUAUUAAAUAAAUUCGAAACAAACGACGACUCGACUCGAAUCGGAGCGAACGACGACGACGACGACGACGAAGAGGACCGACAAAGGCCGACGACAACCGACAAAGGCCGACGAGGACCGACAAAAAGGCCGACGACCUCGCGUAUACGUACCCUCUAAUCGUGUAAUAAUUAUUAUUACUAUUAUUAUUAACUUCAAUCGUGUACAUUAUUAUCUAUUAUUAUUAAUUAUUAAUUAUUAUUACCUAUAUUAUUAUUUUUUAAUUUUAAUUUCAUUCAUUUUUCAAAAAAAAAAAAAAAAAAACGUCGACUACUGUAUUUAUAUUGCAUAUAUAUUUAUAUAUGUAUAUAAUUUUUUUUUUUUUGUAAACGUCGCCGUUUUUUUUUUAUAUGUAACAUUGUACAACACUGUAUAUGUUAUAUUUUAUAUUGAUUAAUAUAAUAUAAUAUUAUAUUGAAUAGCGAUGAUGACGGAUCGGUCGGUGUAAAAAACACAAUUUUUUUUUUUUUUAUUAAAAAACAAAA